GCUGGCUAGGCGGGCCACAGAGUGAGCCUCCAGUAGGGUAGAGUGACAACUCAGUCGAAAGUUGACGCUGAAGCUAAGGCAGCCAUAACUGAUAAUGGCAACGGGAGUUUUUCUGGUUUCCAGUCUCCAGUGUGACGUAGUUUUCCCUUCGCUCAAUCUCUCCGUUGCCCUGGGCAACAGUUGAGCCGUCUGGGAAGAGAAGCAUCUGCAAAAACUGUAUCCAACAAUUCAGACAUGGCAGAAAUGAAGUCCGUAUUCCGGGAAGUUCUUCCAAAACAAGGACAGUUGUCUGUGGAAGAUAUAACCACAAUGGUGCUGUGUAAACCCAAACUUUUACCCUUAAAAUCUCUGACUCUGGAAAAACUGGAGAAAAUGCAGCAAGCUGCACAGGAUACGAUUCGCCAACAAGAAAUGGCAGAAAAGGAACAGCAACAAAUAACUCACUGAGUGAUAACUUAGCAUUUCUUCAUAACACCCUACCUUCCUAUUAAUAGCUAAUAAAUAAUAUAUUAAUGUCUGUGUGCUGAAAGUAGUAUGUAUUAAUAAAACUGAUAGUAUUCAUAUAAACAAUAUAAAAAUACCCAAGACUAAUGAAACUUGUAUUGUGAAUUUAAACACUCUGGUUUGUACUGAAGUAAUUAAAAAACUUUGAACGCCAAUUUUAUGGGGUUUUUUUACCCAAGUUUUUAGAACUACAAAUUAAAUUACUGUUCACCAUUCCUAUUACUAUCAGUUUUACACAUAACAUCCUUAGGCACAAGAGACUAAAUGCAACUUUUAUAUUCAGAGAAUCUUUACAUGUUUACUAAAAACUGAAUUUGAAGAUACAUUCUAAUCUUGCAUUAAGUGUUCAUGCUGGGCUUUUACAUUACCUAAUUGUAAAACUUUCUUAUGAAUUUUGUGUGUCGUGUCAUGUUUAAGGCUAUCUUGCCUGACCAACUGAUCUUACCAGUAAUGACAAAACUGUAUUUUUUAAAAUAAAUUCCAUUUUUAAGAAACCCUCACCUGAGCUUUUAAUUAUACUGAUUUUAGGGACUUAACAAAUUACUGGCUACCUUUAUUAUCUAGGUAUCAAACACAAUUAAAACCCUAAAAAUAGCAAGUAAUACAGACUCCAAAGAGCCCAUGAGGUAAAUAUGAACGAUUUGUGGUUUUAAAUCUAUAAUAGGUAUAUUCCUAAGAAUACCUUUGUAAAUUCUGAAUAUAAUUCUUGAUUGGUUUGCUGCAGUCAAAUAAAUAACAGAUCAUUUAAAUUAGCAUAGACCUUGGGCCUUGCUGAGAAAUUAAGGAUCUGUAAAAGAGGUUAAAAAUGUGAUCAUUCUUUAGAUAAUUGUUAUUUACUGGCAGCUACUAUUCAGACACUGAAUAAAUAUAAAACUUUUGAGUCUUUGAAGAAUAAUUUUUUAUAACGCAAACAUUCAGUAAUAGAACUUAAGAAUAAUGAAAGGUAAUGUGUUUUUUAGAAAUUUCAUUAAGCUAUAAAAAUCAAAAAAUAAGGAAGUGUGCAUGCAUUUCCCAAGUAUAAUACUAAAAGAUAUUAUUUACUAUUGUACUUGGGAUUUAAAAGUUUGUAAGAAACAGUUUAAAUUCACUAGGUUCAAAUAUGCUCCCUUAUGUGAUUUAAAAUUUACUGUGUGAAAUAAGUUUUUAAAAAAACUAAAAUAAAUGUACUCCCAAUAAAGAAUCAACACUGCUUCACACGUUUUAUUUUGUCAUACAUUCUUCUAGAACCAGGUUCAUUUUUCCAGUUUUGUAGAAAAAUAGAUGUUCCAGCCACCAUUUACCUAACUGUCUAGUCUUUAAGACCAAUCAGUAUGUUCCCUGGAAAGAUGAAUAAGUCUCAUGACUGACUCAUUUUCUUAAAAUUCUUCAAGACAAAGAAAUAACUUUUUUUUUACUCCCAAAGCACAGUAUUUCAACAACAGCAGCCAACAUGGGGUUUUAGCAGCUUAACUUUACCCCCUAAAUAAAGCUUUGUAUCAACCAGUGAUUUUACUACAAAAACACUGUCCUUGAAAGAAAGGAGUGGCAGUCAGACAUCAAUGCAAAACUUGGAAUGAUUAGGUCAUAAACAUGGCACUUACAAAAGGUAGCUUAUGAGAAUAUUCCACUUAAGAAGUGGUUACUUUUCUGUUUUAUGUCCCUCCUUUAUACCCUCAAAAAAAAAAAA